GUGUCGUGACCUGUACAGCUUACUCAGGCUAGGCCGUGGUAAGGGGAGGUGCCACCUGUUGUGGGGGCAACUAGAUACCUGUUGUGCCGUGGGAUCGAUGCGUCGCGGCGCCCGGGGGUGGGGAGGCGUCGUACAGUGCCGUAGUACAACCAGUGUUGUGCGAGGGCCGGUCAUCGCAGCAUGGGAGUCGGGUCCCUCCCUGACAACCUGUCGGCAGUUCCUACACCAGGUCUGAUAGUCGCUCAGUCAGAAGAGUGGUCGGGCGCGACUUCAGGCUAUCACGUGCUCGUCAGUGGCUUGCUGCUGAGUAGCAUGGCACUCGUGCUGCUAGCAGCUGUCAGCUACCAGUGUGCUGCUACCUGGAAGUGGCUCCGGACGUUAGGCAUGAGCGAGGACGAGGCGCAGGACGGAACUCCGGACGGCGUCAAGCAGAGUUCAAUCCGGAUCAGUCACUCCCUUCCUGACCUGCAGCAGGAGCCUACCCGCCAUGAGUAUGUUCAGGAGAAGGACAAUAAAAAGGUUUUGCGGCAGACAACCCUCCCUUCAGUUCCCACAAGACACCAGACAUUCCAACGUCAGCUGUCUCAUCGUCUGGACUUUGAGAACGUCCAGUUCAGUGUGUGCAAACUAGAGCCUAGGAAAGACUUCAAUGUCAGUCUCUUUAAGCCAGAGUUGUACUCAAAGGAGAUGAUGCGCCAAGGUUCUGAAGAUUCCGACAAUGUAGAAAUGGAGUAUUGUGGUAAGCUGCACUUCGCACUGAAAUUCGACUCGGAAAUGGACGCACUGAUUGUUAAGGUUCUAGAAGCCCGAGAUCUCCCUGUCAAGGAUGUCACUGGAAGCAGCGAUCCGUAUGUCAAAGUCUACCUGCUACCUGACCGCAAGAAGAAAUUCCAGACCAAAGUCCACAGGAAAAACCUCAACCCGGUCUUCAAUGAGACUUUUAUAUUUAGUGUCACGUACGAGGAGCUGAGGACGCGUUACCUCCAGUUCUCUGUGUACGACUUCGACCGUUUCUCCAGACACGAUCUGAUUGGCCAGGUGAUGCUGAAAGGUCUUCUGGACAACACUGAUCUCCUCCAGGAGAUAGAGUACACCAUGAACAUACUCUGUGCUCCUCAGGUAGCCGGUGUACGAAGAUUAUCAAGCGAACCUACCUACGCUGGGCAGGCUGAGUGUACAGAAAAGAAGGAACUUGGAGAAUUGCUACUAACUUUGUGCUACCUACCUAAGGCUGGCAGACUGACUGUUACCAUUGUCAAAGCUCAGAAUUUGAAAGCGAUGGACAUUACAGGCGCUUCAGAUCCAUACGUCAAAGUGUACCUGGUCUGCAACGGCAAGAGGAUACGCAAGAAGAGGACCAGUGUGAAGCGGUCGACGUUAAGUCCUGUUUACAACGAAGCUCUCACCUUUGACGUACCAGCUUCGAACGUGGAUAACGUCAGUCUUGUAAUCAAGGUCAUCGAUUAUGACAGGAUUGGAUCAGACGAGCUGAUGGGUUGUGUUGCCAUCGGAUCCAGUUUCAUCGGUGUCGGUCGCGACCAUUGGCUCAAGAUGUUGGAAUCCCCUCGAGAGAACGUGGCUCAGUGGUAUCCCCUGCUGGAGUCUAUCCCAGGAGCCAUUGAGACAACAUCCUCUCCUUUGCGGCCCGUUAGUCUCAGUUGUCUGAACGGCAGAUGAAGGAAGCGGCGCUGGAAGCUGUUCCACUGCUAAUCUAGGAACGUCUGACGAUGCUCAACACUCUUUGGUCCCACGAGGAGUCCUGCAUGAGGAGCGUGGUUCUGAACCAAGGAGAUCCAUGUACAGUCCUUUAGUUUGUUUCUCGAUGUUGAUCGUGAGGUUUUCUUCCUAUUAACAAAUGUAGACGGCUGGCCUAAACGGUAUUGUAUAAAGGAUUAGCUUAGGUAACUAAUAGAGUAAGACCAAUGAUUACUUUGUAUUUUCCAAAGCUCAAUACUGAGAAGUGUAAAUUGUAGUAUAAACGUGUAUACUAUUUGUACCUUAUUUAGUCACUAGCUGUAUUGAGAUGAUAUUUUGUAUUGCGGUUAAGUUUGUUGUGUAGUGAUAAGAGUUUCAUGUUGACUUAUUUUGUUUUAAGUUUGAAGUUUAUGAUGAAAUAGAAUUUAUUAACUGUAUAGAAUGUUGAAUGAUUAAAGAUUAUUUAAUUCGAGAGAAAUGUUUGACAAAAUCGUAACUUACUUAACCUUUGCAUGAUUAGGAAAUUAAAGAUGAUUAGGAAAUUAAAGACAAAGAAAAAUGAAUUAUUUUUAUACUUGUGUAAAUAUUUCACAUCGUAAAAAAAUGACUUGAUAAGGCACUACUUGUCAGGCUUGCUUCUAUAAUUUGCAGCCUAGGUUGAAAUAUUUUAAUGACAACUAUUACUACAGUCUUGCUCUUACUCAUGUCUGUCAGUUGUAAUCAGUAGAUGUGUGUUAAUCAUAAUGCAGAGACAUUUAUGUUCGUGUAAAAUUCCAUUGAAUGUGUUAAGCAAAAUCUCUUGUCAAAUUUCAGGGCGCACUGAUGAUAUGGAUUUUUUUUUCAUGCUGCAGCAAAACAGUCAUUUUAAUGCAUGCGUUGCAGGUCUAGUAGAAUUUUUACUCUCUGGGGAGUAAAAAGCGUUUUUGGCCCCUAGGGAGUAAAAAUCAGCUGUUGUCAACUCAGUUGUUAAUUUCGAUUGGAAAAAAAAAUCGCGUGUAUCAUAAGUUCUUUAUUCCCACGUAAUCAACAAGAACUCAUAACUUAUAAAUAAUGUUGCAAUAUGACGCAAAAUUUACUUUAUCACACGGGCAAAAAGUGUCUUUUCAACAUUUACUCAUUUUCCUACCUGGGCUUCACCUCGAGCGUUAAACUUGAGCUCGGGUCGAAAAGAGUCACUUUACGCCCUAGUGAUGAAAUAUACUUUGAAGUUCUCUCUAAUACGAACAAGGAAAUCAAAUUAAGUUUUAUUUUUUGUUCCUAGAAACCAAGUCAAUUUUGUAAAAUAUUAGACGAUUUUCUUAAGAGUCUUCCUUAGUGGAAGCCAUGUUGGAUUUCUUCCCCAUAAGAACAAUGUUAACUUUGGGUCCAAAUAUCUCAACAGCAAAUUGUCAUAUAAUUAUGGAUAAGGAGUUAAAUUUAAGGAAUUGCGGUCCUCUAGAGAUUGACGUUUUUUAUUUCACAAUUUUUAAUUUUUAUAAUGAAUAAUU